AUGACAGGUCAGCGCAGCGGAAUGCCAUCGCAGACUCGGCUGGUACGGAGUCUAUUCCAUGAUCUCUCCGGUACCUGGCAUCUCAGCCGCAAGCUACAGAGUGGACAUCCAUCAGAGCCGUCGGGUCGGUGCGAAGGGAAAGCCACCUUCACCCAGACGCAGCCAUCUCCGGUCCUGGACGCAGACGGAAAGCUGCAACUUGCCGAUGCAGAGCUUCUGUACCAUGAAGAAGGCGAGUUCGAGAUGGACCUCCCCAGCGUAGGUCAAAACGCGAAUGUGCCAAAGUUCCCGUUCUCGCGCAAGUAUAUCUGGCGUCUGAAAGAAUCCGACGACGAGGUGACGAUGAGUAUCUGGUUCACCAAACCAGGGACCAACCUCGUCGACUACCUAUUCCACACGGUUGAUAUUGUACGUGAGGACGACGAAGGCGAUGACCCCAAAAGCCCCGUUGUCCUCGAAGGCUCAGGAGGCCAUCUCUGUGUCGACGACUACUACAGCAGUUUCUAUACCUUUACUCUGUCAUCAGAGGGUACAGCCACCAGUCUUUCGUCUUGGACCAUGACACAUGAGGUCUGCGGUCCCAAGAAGGACCAGGUGAUCAAGACCGCCUUCACCAGACCGUUACAGAGAGCAUGA